CACACACACACACACACACACACACACACACGGAGGCAUCUCUGCUUUUUCCUUGUUGUUCAGCUCUGAGCUCCUUCAUCCGUCUCGUCUGUGGCUCGGUCGCUCCAGCAGCAUCUGGGACUUAUUGUGUCUCUCUGAGGAGCUCCCUGGUGUCUCCUGGUGUCUCCUGGUGUCUCCUGGUGUCUCCUGGUGUCUCGCUGUGACCGCCAGCCCUCUCGCUGCCGGACUAUGCCCCCCUCGGCCAGCUGAGGAGGGGGCACCGCUCGGGCUGCCGUCUGGACAGGGCUUGGGCUUGAGACUGAGCAGGAGACGGUUCGGUUAUUGCUGAAGAUGCAAGCUUCAACUGACUCGCCUGUGACCAACACUACCUCCAACACAACCGCCGUCACCAAGACCAGAGAACAAAUACUCAUCCAGAGUUCUGGGGCGAUGAUCGCCGUCAUCGUCAUCGGCAUCAUCAUCAUUCUCGCCAUUCUGCUGAUCAUUCUGAAGACGUACAACAGGCGGACACAUGCGUCCAGAGUCCUGGGAGCCAGGGGGGGCUCCAAACCUCGUCCUAAGAUGUCUCAGUCCACCGUCCACAGCAACAUGCCGCUGACCCCCGUGGGAGUCAGCUCAGUGUCUGGCAGCAUGACCAACUCCAACCCGGCCUCAGAGAACGGCUUCCAGCUGCCCAGAGCGGAGCUCAGCAGUGUGGAGGGGAACCACAUAGAGCAGUUCAGCACCACCAGCGGCUCCACCGUGGUCACCAUACACGACAGCCACACGUCGUUAGGGAACACAUAGCACCAGGACUGGGUCGGUCUCCAAACCAGCAUUGACUGAUGUGUUGUCCUGACCACAUACUGUGCUGACUGAAUCCUGUGGAAAAUCAAUGCAUGACGUUCGUGUUGUCGCCGUCAAUCUCCACCAACUGAGCCACUGCCUGUGACGACACGAAUACCCAGACGUCCCUCUGCUGUACGAAGACAGAACAAAGACACUCACAGUGGAUAUCAUGAAGGAUGUGAUCGCAAAAACUGAAUGUUCCUGCUGAAGAAUCGCUUUUUGGCUAAAGUCAGUGUUCAGAGAAUGAAUGUCACAGCUGUUUGUUUUGCUGACUGAUGUCGCGUCACUACUAACAUCAUGAAGAAAUGUGUAGUAAAGACUGUAACUGUGUACAUUUCUGUAGUUAAGAAAACCGUGUAGGUUUGUAGGUAAACGUAGGAUAAAACUUAGAGAAGAGAAAGAUGAUAUGAAAAGGAUAAAUCAGUUUAUAACGGAUUCCAAUGUGACUGAGAAAAUAUGUUUAUAUUGCAGAUGUACUUGGACCAGUUCUAUUCCUGACUUAAUCUGGUUUAUGUUGAAUCAUCCUCUUUGUUUUCGCUUAGAUUAGCUUGUAAACAUCUACAAAAUCUUUUUUUAACCACAUGAUGAAGAUAUUUUGUGAUCCUGUCAGCCCGACUCGCUGAUGUGAACCUUUUUAAUUUGACACCAAAGUAUUUUGCACUUUAUUCCUGUUGCUCUCUGUGUUGUUUGUGGCUCUUUAUUAAAUUAAAAACAAUAUUUCUAAUUGUGGAUCACGUGUGUGGUAAAAACUAAGUCAUUUGCACAGAAGACCCGAUGCUGUGAUCCCGGGGGAAGCUUUAGUGAGUUACUGCGCCCUCUGCUGGCCACUUCCCGUCACACAAGGCUGAGAGACCUCAAAGCUGCAUUCAAGACGACAACAGUUGGUUGCAAAUUGUUGCACUUUAUGAAUAUAACCGUUGGAAUAAAAUAGUCCGGUGCCUGCA